AUGUCGCGAAAGGCGCCCCCUCCAGCAAGAAACCGGCCGUCUGGUACCUAUGGCGGCGGCGAUUCAUACCGACCCCAGAGUGAAAACUACAGUUACCGUCGCCAGGAUGAAAACCGCCCUCCAUAUCCCCCAGGACCACCCCCUCCACCGAUGUACGAAUUCCGUGGGCGAGCCGACUAUGAGUCUAGACCUUCCUAUGAUCGUCGAUCUCCGCCUAGACAUAAUUAUGACUACCCCGGCGCUCCUGGACAAGAUCGACCUCGUGGUGACGGCUUCGAUUUCCGCUAUGAUGCGCCUCCGUCUAUGGACUUCGGUCGCCGUGAACGGGAAGGAGAUAGCUACCGGCCUCGAUCCCUUUCCCCUCCACGACCACCACCUGGCCCAAAGAGCUAUAGCGAUGGCCCUACCAGUCACUUUCAAUCAGCCCGUCAGCAAUACCGUGGCGAUGAGCGCGGCAGCUAUAAUUCCCAACGUUACAAUGACAACCCGCGUGCCGGACGUGGUGGGUAUCGCGGUCGCGGCGGCCGUAAGGGCGCGUCAGAUCGAGCUUUUUUGAAGACAACCCGUGCCCCUACCCCAGAGCUUAUGCAAGGCAUAGAUGAAGAUAAGGGUCCGUCGUAUAGAUAUCGGCCCAUCGAGGAGAUGUCAGAUAGCGAUGAAGCUGAAAUGAGCUUGUCUGAAAACGAAAGCAGCGAUGAAGCUCAACAACCCAAGAAAAAGCAACCUCGUAUGGAGACUAAGGCCGCAGAUGGCGACAGUGUCCCCCGAUGGUCCAAUCCAGAUCCAUACACAGCAUUACCACCUCCAGAUGACUCGCAACGGAAGAAAAAGGACGUGGUCAAGCUAAUCCGCAAGGCUCGUGUCACUGGUACAGAGAACGCCACAAAAGCCGAGGCUAGAAUCGACGAUUUUAUUUCUUUUGAUCUCGAUAAUGAUGAAUUGACUGGUGACCAAUACAGACCAGCUGACCACCCUGGAAACGGUGUUCCCGGUGCUCCAACAGGCCCUCGCCCUCGCGGGAAGCAGGUUGCUCCACCCGCACAGGAGACUUCUCGCGAUGUUCGCAUGCUUCGCGAUGAACAGGUUCUUCGUGAUGCUGCUCGCCCACGCGAUGAGGUUCCCCCAGUUCCACAAAUGGUUCCUCGCGAGACUGGUCCUAUACAAAUCAAAUUGCCGAGCAAACAUCCUGUCACGCUUCCCUCCAAGCCAGCCCCAGCCAUAAACUUUGCUUCAGAUCCGGCAUUAGGUAAUCGCAAACGAACCAUCAGAGACGAGCUCAAAGGCCCUCCCCAGAUCUGGGGCCCACUCAAGGGAAAGAAGGGACCAUCUGACGGUAAAAUUGUAUCAUCAUGGAAGAUUCCUGCCAACUCGACGGGUACUCCCUGGGUCGAGAUCGAUCAUUCUAAUAGUGCCAAUAUGGGUCUUUGGUUGCAUAAAGAAAUUAUUGACUUUUAUUACUACGUCAAGCCCCGCCACUUCGAGCAAGUCAUCCGCGCAAAGCUUAUUGAGGACCUCCGGACCAGUGUCAGGAGGCGCUAUUCAGAUGUCGAAAUUCUGCCAUUUGGCUCAUUUCCAGCUGGUCUGUACUUGCCAGUUUCCGAUAUGGAUCUGGUUUGCGUUUCGGAGGAUUAUACGCGAACGGGUUGGCCCAAAUACAGGAAUAGGGACCUCUGGAGAUUUGCCGAUUUCUUAAGGAGCCAGAAAAUACCUAUUGAGGGGUCAGUGGAAGUGAUCGCCAAGGCCAAAGUCCCGCUUGUCAAGUACAUUGAUAGAGUUACUGGGUUGAGAGUGGAUAUCUCCUUUGAGAAUGACACUGGCUUGAUCGCGAACAAGACCUUUCAGGAGUGGAAGGCUGAAUUCCCCGCCAUGCCCAUCCUUGUCACAUUAAUCAAGCAUGUCCUUGCGAUGAGGGGUCUUAAUGAGCCUUCAAAUGGAGGCAUUGGUGGGUUCUCUGUUAUCUGUCUCGUUGUAAGUCUACUCCAGCACAUGCCACAGGUUCAGAGCAGGAGCAUGAUCCCAGAGCAUCAUCUCGGCGAAAUUCUGAUGGAGUUCUUCGACUUGUACGGCAAUCAAUUCAAUGUUACUACCACAGCGAUUUCCAUGAAGCCGCCGGCUUAUAUUCCAAAGGCUCAAAUUCCGAACAUUGCCUACAAAGGCGCAACGACAAAGAUAUCCAUCCUUGACCCCAACAGACCGGACAAUGAUAUAUCAGGCGGAGCUUCAAACACGAACAAGGUUCUAGAGUGUUUCUCUAAUGCUUAUAGAGACAUGCAAAAGAGAAUGGGCGAUUUGCAGUACCUCGAAGACCGUUGCCGUCAGAGCAUCCUUGGUUCCACCCUUGCAGGCAACUACAGUUCUUUUGAGCUUCAACGUGAGCAUCUUGCUCAUGUUCACGAACAACUUAUCGGACCUAUCCAGGACACCUGA